AUGACCGACUCCCAUCAAACCAGUACCUUUGCGAAACUCAAAGCUUAUCCAUUCACAUCGGAUCCGGAGUUCGCAAACGGUCUGGCCAUCAUCCUCAACCAUCCAGGUACACCGGCCUCGGAGGAGGAGAUCACACGAGAUGACGAUCUUGUUUUGAAAGCAAAGUGCUUUUUCUUUUCCCGGAAAGAGAACAUCACGCCUGCGAUCGAUUUCUCUGCAUACAAGGCCUGGUUGAGCGGCGAGUCAGUAGAGUCGAGUCCGACGCAAGCAGAAGCAGGGUCUUCACGACAAAAUAAGCUCGACACAGAGGCUGCGGAUUUAAACCCUGAUACUUCAGCGCCGGAGCCUGCCUAUCCCAAUUCAUUUGCCCACAUCGUCGAGCUCAUCACGACUGGGAAACCCAUCCCGGGCAUUGAGCAAAUUCCAGACACGGUUUUGGAAGGGCACGAUAUCUCGAGCGAGAAACCGCGCCGUCGCAAGCCUUGGGAACAAGACGAGACGACGAUACCGUCGGCGGAUGCAGUGCCCAGUAGCACCGUUUAA